CAGAUGCUCGCAGUCAACAGUGGAGGCCCCACCCUUUGUGUUACCUCCCAACCGUCAAUCAAAUACUAGACAUAAACAUCCUCACAGUUAUCACCUUAUAUCUACAGGUAAACAAUCGAUUUAACCUGCUGAAUAUGUCCGCUGGCUGGUGACUAUCAGGACUCUCCGUUUCACGACGAGUCACGUAAUGACUGCUCCACAACAGCGGAUGAAACCAGAGGAUAUGGCUGCCUUGGACGUGGACAGCAGUCAGAGCGACUUUCUGCAGCAGGAGCAGCAAGCCAGGGGCCAUCAGGACACUCAGCCAUCACCCCUCGACCUGCUAGCAACCACCUGCACUAAGGUUGGGUCACCGUCGUCAGAGAUGGACAGAGGUGCUGCCGCUGAUGUGACAUCAGAUCCAUCCACGCAGCUUACUGGGACUGAUAAAUGGGAGGUGUUAACCCCCACAACAGCAGCAAAGGAGGAGCCUGGAAUGAUACAAAUCCAACAUCAAGGAAUAUUAACAUCAAACGGACAGUACGUUCUUCCUCUCCAGAACUUACAGAGUCAGCCAAUCUUUGUGACGUCGGGAACGGACGCCUCCUCUGCCAAUUCAGUGCCUAACAUUCAGUACCAAGUAAUUCCUCAGAUUCAGACAGCAGAUGGACAGCUGAGCUUCUCUACCUGCGGCGUGGAAGGAGCAACUCUGACUCAGGAUGCCACGGGGCAGAUUCAGAUCUUGCCCGACGGUAGCCACAGUCUCAGUGUAACAUCAGCUGGAAACAUCCUUAAUAACAACCAGAACCUCAUAUCACAGACUGGUAAUGUCCAGCACCUCCAGGGGGUUUCUCUUGGCGGCUCCACCUUCAACAACCAGGGUCAGGUUGUUACUAAUGUGCCUAUGGGUUUGCCUGGGAACAUUACUUUUGUUCCUAUUAACAGUGUGGACUUGGACUCCCUUGGCCUCUCUGGUGCUCAGACUAUAGCAACAGGGAUCACCGCUGAUGGCCAGCUAAUUAUGACGAGUCAGCCCAUGGAUGGCUCGGAGAGUCUGGCGAAGACAGAUAAUCACCUCUCACAGACACUACCAGUGGAUGACUCAAAUGCAAAUCAUCAGAUAUAUGUGCCAACGUCUUCCGCUCAGCUACACAUUCCAGCGAACGAAUCAGGUCUGCUGACACAAGACACAGCUGACUCGAGUUCUGGUCUCCAGGAGGGCUACAUCCAACAGAAUCAGGAGCAGAGCAUCCAGGUGUCCUCGGCUCAGUCCAUAAUCCAGCUUCAGCAGGUACCCAUUCAGACCACCAACGGUCAGGUGGUCCAGUCCAUGGCGUCAGGCGGGCAGAACCUGCAAAACGUGCAGCUGAUAAACCCGGGAACCUUCAUCAUCCAAGCCCAGACGGUCACGCCGUCGGGUCAGAUACAGUGGCAGACCUUUCAGGUGCAGGGAGUGCAGAACUUGCAGAACCUGCAGCUGCCCACAACACCACCCCAGCAGAUAACCCUGGCUCCAGUCCAGACCCUGUCACUGAGUUCCAGUCCAGUCAGCAUCAGCACGGGACAGAUCCCCAACCUGCAGACAGUGACAGUCAACACAAUGGCCCAGCAGGAAGGAGACACAGGACACCCUGCAGAUAUUCGGAUAAAAGAAGAGCCAGACUCUGGAGAGUGGCAGCUAAGCACCGACUCCACCCUGAACACAAGCGAUCUGUCCCACCUUCGUGUCAGGCUGGUGGAUGAGGAGGACCAGUUGGGUCAGGAGGGCAAGAGGCUGCGCAGAGUGGCGUGUACUUGCCCCAACUGCAAAGAGUCAGGUGGCAGAGGAUCCAGCACGGGGAAGAAGAAGCAGCACAUCUGCCACAUUGUCGGCUGUGGGAAAGUAUACGGAAAGACAUCGCACCUGCGAGCACACCUGCGCUGGCAUUCAGGGGAGCGACCUUUUGUUUGCAGCUGGAUGUUUUGUGGGAAGAGGUUCACACGCAGCGACGAGCUGCAGAGACACAGGAGAACACACACAGGAGAGAAGAAGUUUGUCUGCCCAGAAUGUUCCAAGCGUUUCAUGCGGAGCGACCACCUGGCGAAGCACAUUAAAACUCAUCAGAACAAAAAAGGCGUGAACUCUGGCAGCGCUGUGGUGGCCUCGAUGGAAUCCGCGGGGUCCUCAGACAGUAUCAUCACCACGGCAGGCGGGACCACCCUCAUCCUCACCAACAUCCAGCAGGGUUCCAGCAACGCCCAGGACAUCCUGGCCAACGCAGAGAUCCCUCUCCAGCUCGUCACCACGGUAGCGGCCAGCGAAGUCAUGGAGUGAUUUACACUCCACUUAUGAACUUCUACAACCUCUCUCAUACUGUAUACUCCUACCUGCAUUUUUAUUCGAGUUUUGAAGAAAAACUAAAAUUAUAAAUAUAUAUACAGUAUAUAUUUUAACACAGAAAUAGUCGGUCGGUUUUACUGAGAGAAAACUAGUAGUGGAGACUAAAAGAUGGAAAAAGACAUUGCAGUAAACACACAAGGAAAUGCCUUAUUUUGUACAAUAUUGUGUCAUAAGAAAUGUAGGAUGCCAUUUCGUUUUCAAUCUACUUAUUUUUUGUUAAUGUGUUUUUCACAAAGAAGCAAUUUUUUCCUCGCAGUUUUUUUUUUUGAUGGUAUAUUCUUAUGACGUCCUUGGUAAAAAAAGGUUUGUUCCAUCCUUUGAGCGAAGACUAAAUCUCACAACAGAGCUAAUUUUAAGUAAUGUUAUUGCUUACGUCCAUGCAAAUCUAUUCAUGUUAUGUUUUUUUUAAUAUAUAUAUAUAUAUUAUGCAUUAUUUUUUCAGUGUCCUCCUUACAGUCGGUCUUCUUGCUUAUUAGCGAGCCCUCCUUCCUCCAGUUUUUUAAAAAACUUUGCUCCCACCUGCUACAUUUUGCAGGCAAAACAAUCAAAAUUUUGUAUUGUAAUUCCUUUUGAACAUAUACUGUUGAUAUAAUACACAUUAUUUGCUUAUUAAAUAUUUUGACUGAACAGCUAUUUAUAUUUGGGCUAUACAUAGACAAUGCAUUUGUGAUAUUAAAAGUCCAAAAUAUGUCAAAUGGCUCUAUUAUAUGUAAUUUAAAUGUGUUUUUGUAAAACCUUUUUUUGGAGGACUUCAAAAAAACAUGCAUUGUAAUAUGAAGAAGAAAAAGCCAUUUAUUUUGGAGGUAAUUGCCAAAUUUGACUACAAACUCAGGGUGACUUGUAACUGUGUGAAAUAGAGUAAAUUCACCCCUGUAGCUUCUCGGGCCGUGGUGGGGAUGUUGUGAAGAAAUGUUGUUAGAUGAUGGACCAAAAGCUGAGGUGAAUUAAGCUGUCGCCAUGUUACCAGUGCUCGUUGAAUUCUACCACGUCCGUUUUUACGAUGAGGUCGACCCCUGUUCAUGUUAUAGAAACAGCUUUGCAGAAUUCUCGCCAGUAUCUUGCUCCAUCAUGCAAAAUUUAUUGAAAGCGGUACUCUUUUUUUAACAGCACUAUUCUCAACACUUUCAUCUUGUUGUUAAUCCUUUUGUAUAAAAAAAUGUUUUGUAUACUUCCCAAGAAACUGUCCUUUAUAUUCAUUGUCAGUAAAUGUACAAUGUUUCUGUCUUUGUGUUGAUAUUCUUUUCUUUAACUGUAUGUUGCAUUUCCACAUUAUUAUGUUUUUUAUUUUAUCUCUGAACCCCCUCCACCCCAGCUGUUGAAUUGUUAAAUUGAAUGCACACUGAACAGUGAAUUGUGGUGGCAUAUUUGAUUUUCUUUUUGUGACACAUAAUGAAAAUUAUGUGAUUUUUUUUUUUUUUUUUUGCUCACACGGACACGUUGUCCUCUUCAGGAGAUUAUACUUUACCCCCUUUAGAACAGCAUAUUAUGUACUAAACACUGAAGGUUUGUUCUCACUCAAAAAUCUUCUGUAUAAAUAUGUCAAUAUAACAUCAAUAUAAACCUUUCUGUUACUCUUGAA